UCGCCCGACUUUAGUCAGUCACACAUUUAAACAGAUCGACUAACGAACGAGACAUUUUCUUCUCCUCAGAUACGGAUUGAAUAGACGAUGAAAGCAAUGCACGUAAUACACGUAAUCGCCAUCGUCUUCGUGGCAUCUUGGUACAUCGUUAUCGCAAACGAGGGUUUCGAUAAAUCUCAAUCUAUUUGGGAUAAUAAAAUUCCCACAAAAUGUCCAAGUCGGGACACAAAUGACACAGUUCAUCUGGCGCAUGAAACCGAUUGCACAAAGUUCUACAAGUGUUCUUGGGGUAUAAAAUAUUUGUUUGAUUGUCGUUAUAUAAACAACGAGGGAAAAGAGAUAAUUUUGCAUUUCAAUAAAUGGACACAGAAUUGUGACUGGCCGUGGGAGGCCGGUUGUACCGAGUGUCCCGGAAAUGAGAAGGAUGGCUAUCCAUCGAUUAAGUUAUCUUAUGAAAUCAACAACACUUGCAGUGAAUACUAUCAAUGCGUAAAUGGUGAGAAGCAACUACAUUAUUGCUCCAGUGGACUUUGCUUCAGCGCCACAUGCCAGAAUUGUGUUCGAAACCGGACGGGUGGAAAUUGCGUUUAAUUAUUAUAAAGAACAAAAGAAACUUUAUCAAGACAUAUGUCCGCACGGCAUACUUGUUUCCUUCAUUUUAAGUAAAUAACAAUUCAGAAAUCUUUCCGAUUAAUACGAGAAAAUUUUAAUUUUAAUUUUAAUUGUAGAAUGAAAGAAGAAUAAAAACUAAAAAAAAUUGUGAA